CGACUGGCGUGAAUAGAGGCAGCCCACAUCCUCCUCUCGUUCACCAUCGCUUUGGUGACGACUUAGACGUCGAUCUUGCCACCCUACGACCACUCCUGCAUCUCUCGCUGUUGCGUCUGCGCGACAUAUCCCAUCUGCGGCCGCGACCCAGGAAACAAUACCGAAACGGCCUCAUCUCCGCAUCAGCAGCCAAGGAGCCUACACCCGCAUACCAUGUUAUAGCCGUGUGGACGUCUUCCCAGCCCUGUCAACACACCCAUCUGCGUCGAGCGACUUCUACCAUCCUGCGCUAAGCGCCUGCGCCGCCACUCUGGCCGCUCAGUCGCGCGCCGCUGCUGUGCGCCUCGCAACUCACAGCACCACCGCCGGCGACAGCCAUGUCGUCGACCACCUCGAGCGCUCCGGCGUCGACCACCACCGGCACCGACACCGGUAAAGGCGGACCCACGAGCUCGCCGCUGUUGUUCUUCGUCGCCCUCGGAUUCGGUGUAGUCUUUACGAACCUAUGGAUCAUCGUCGGCGUAAAAUACUGCUUCAGAUAUAACCAACGCAAUCGUGCAGCGCGUGCCUUGAACGAAAAUGGCGAACCCAUUGACCUUGCGCAAAUGCCGCACCCGAGACGGAGGAGGCGCGAGAAGAAGCUCAUGUCCAUGGAAGAUGUGAACGAGCGCUUCCCAUUGAUCAAGUACAAGACAUGGCGAUCAUCGCGCGAAGCCCAAGGCCUUCCUGCAGAGGGUGGAGUGACCGCACCGACCAGCAGAGCUGGGAGUAUGAGAGACGAAGAGGGUACGAUUGAAGCGUUUGGCAAGAACUCCGUCGAUACCGCACGGCCUGGAACGGCGCUCAGCAUCGCACAGAAGGAUCACGAAAAUGCGCUUGGGGACCCACCGAAAGCGCAAGCUACUGCCAGCGGAGAGAAAGGGCCGGAAAUGGUUACCAUCGAAGAUAUGGAGAAAGCCAGGAAGAGGAGCAUUGAUCGAAACAACUCGGCUGUCACAGAUUUGGACGACGACGAGGACGACCCAAUAGCAACGGCAGCGCCACCUGAGAUGCUUGCUGCACCUGGUGACACAUGCGCCAUCUGCCUGGAUAACCUCGAUGAUGACGACGAUGUGCGAGGGCUCACAUGCGGGCACGCAUUUCACGGAUCCUGCGUCGACCCAUGGCUCACAAGUAGGAGGGCUUGCUGUCCACUUUGUAAAGCCGACUACUAUGUGCCCAAGCCCAGGCCGGAUGCAGACGGGGCCAAUGCAGCCGCAGCUCGCAACGGCCGGUUGCCUCAAGAGCCACCUCCAGCACGACGACACGGUCUGCCAUUUGCACCGCGCGUAAUGCUCUUUGCCACACCACGCUUCUUUGUCAGCGACGGAACACGCGCGGAGCAGCCGAAUCCAGCAGCUGCAGAACGUGCACGGCGAGAGCGGGACGUUUAUCAGGAUCCCGCCAUUCAAGCAGAACCCACAUCGCGAAGCUGGAGAUCACGACUACCGGCCGUUUCCAUUCCGCGCUUCGGUCGACGGAAUCAACAGCAGCAAGAACACGGCACUGGCGAGCAGGUCACAGUGUCCGCCAGCGACUUGGAAGCCGGGCAGCGGCGCUGAGAGAAGCGCGAAGCAUUUUGCUCGUUCCUCUCGACUCUCCAGCCCCUCUCUCAGCGCAUUUUAGCGACUUACGACCAAAACUACCCACGAGUAACGAAUUAUCCACGCCACCCAGAGCAAGACUCUCCCAUCGCAUCAUCAUCACCAUCGCAUUACACCUCACGAAACAGUAUCGCCACCGCAUCCCAUCCUAAGAGCACCCGGCUUGGCCACUCAGAAAGUUUGCCGGCCCAUCCUGCUUUUCUUGACGAAAUGGUCUGCACGCGCAAAAGUGCACGAGCGAAGGCCUUUUCGCAUCCUACUACACGCAGCGGGUCCUGUACAUAUUUGGCGAGGCGAAACCAAGAACGGUUCCAGACCUUCGCAGAAUUGCUGUUUUUUCUUCAACUUCUACUUCUUCCACCGCACCAUUGCAUGCAUCGUCUUGCGCUUUGGCUCUCUUGAAUGAUACAGGAAGCCAGGAGCGGCAGCGCGCAUUUUACGGCACGGUUUGGUGCUGGUCAGCAAGGAAAGCGCCUUGCAAUUACGGAAAUUUUUGGAAUGGAUUGUGUGUACAUAGAGGGAAGGAACUGAGGGAACUGGCUUUCUCGAUGCUUGAAGCCAGUGGUCUCAAAUGCGAAUUCAAAUCGACUUUUACGAUGACGAGGCA